AUGCACCUUGGAAAUCUCGUCCUCACUGUCUUCCUGGGGCAACUGCUGGGCACCAUGGGGCAGAUCACCAUCACCCAGCAAGAAGGACAAGUCACAGUGAAGCAGGGAGACACCUUCCAAACAACCUGCACAUACCAAACCUCCAACUUUCAAGGCUUGCUCUGGUACCAGCAGAGGAAAGGCCAAGCUCCCCAGCUGCUCUCGUCUCAGGCAGCAGCUGGCCGCAAGCCGAGCGGUCGUCUCACCACGUCGCUGAACACCACAGGGAAAUACAGCCUCCUGCAGCUGGAGGAAGUCGAGGUCUCUGACAGUGCCUUGUACCUCUGUGCUGUGCAAGACACUCUGCAGAGCUGCAGGAUGGUUCUUGCACUUGUAAGAAGUGAGGAUGAAGAGGAAGCAGUUGAGGGUCACAUCCCCAACACUGAAGAUGAUCUCGUCCUUGUUGGCAGAAGUGCCAGCACAAGCCAUGGCCAGCAGGGCUGGCAGAACAGCGAAGAAGUGGCAGAUGUGCCUGGGCCCGCAGUAAGCCAAAUGGGAGAAUGGCAGACAAUUCCUGAGCACAAACUCUCGGAGGGGACCAAUGAAGCAGUCAAGAGUUCUGAGCCCACCUGCAGCUCUCUUGGGAAGUGCACCCAGUACCCUCGUCCUUGCUGA